AUGGCCUCGACUACUAAUCGCGAUAUCCUGCUCGACGCCGGAGUGCCCAACGCCGAAGCCAUGUCGCUCGACAACUACACGUUUCCCAAGGAGAGGCUGAAGAAGACCCUUUCCAACCCUAACAAGCAGCCGCUAGUGCUAGUAUCAUGUGGCUCCUUCUCCCCGCCAACCAAUCUCCAUCUGCGCAUGUUCGAAGAAGCGGCUGAUUACUGCGAAUUUGAAACCGAUUUUGAAGUCGUCGGCGGCUUCUUCAGUCCCGUCGGUGAUGCAUACAAGAAGGCCGGCCUGGCCUCUGCACAGCACAGAAUCAACAUGACCAGGAUUGCUGUCAAAGACAGCUCGACCUGGAUCGGUGUUGACCCUUGGGAGCCGCUGCACAAGGAAUACCUCCCCACCGUCAAGGUCCUUGACCACUUUGACUAUGAGCUCAACGAAGUCAUGGGAGGCAUCACGACUGAAAGUGGCGAGAAGCGCCGCAUCCAUGUCGCCUUGCUCGCCGGUGCUGACCUAAUCCAGACCAUGAGCACCCCGGGACUGUGGGCUCGUGAGGAUCUGAGCAGGAUCUUGGGCCACUAUGGCGCCUUUAUCCUCGAACGCAGCGGCACAGAUAUUGACGAUGCCCUUGUUCAACUACAGCAGUGGAGACACAACAUCCGCGUCAUCCCGCAACUCAUCCAGAACGAUGUCUCAUCGACCAAGAUCCGCUUGUUCCGCAAGCGCGGUAAGAGCAUCCGUUACUACAUUCCCGACAAGGUGGUCGACUACAUCUACGAGCAUGGCCUCUACAGCGAUGAUGACAAGAAGACUGCCGACAAGGGCAAAGCGCCCGCCGCUGCGGAUGCUGCUGGUUCCUCACAGGGCGUGACUGCUUCGUGA